AUGCAGUGCCUAGCGGCCGCCCUUAAGGACGAAACCAACAUGAGUGGGGGAGGGGAGCAGGCCGACAUCCUGCCGGCCAACUACGUGGUCAAGGAUCGCUGGAAGGUGCUGAAAAAGAUCGGAGGCGGGGGCUUUGGUGAGAUCUAUGAGGCCAUGGACCUGCUGACCAGGGAGAACGUGGCCCUCAAGGUGGAGUCAGCCCAGCAGCCCAAGCAGGUCCUCAAGAUGGAGGUGGCGGUGCUCAAAAAGCUGCAAGGGAAGGACCACGUGUGCAGGUUCAUCGGCUGUGGCAGGAACGAGAAGUUUAACUAUGUAGUGAUGCAGCUCCAGGGCCGCAACCUGGCUGACCUGCGCCGCAGCCAGCCGAGAGGCACCUUCACGCUGAGCACCACGCUGCGGCUGGGCAAGCAGAUCCUGGAGUCCAUCGAGGCCAUCCACUCUGUGGGCUUCCUACACCGCGACAUCAAGCCGUCAAACUUUGCCAUGGGCAGGCUGCCCUCCACCUACAGAAAGUGCUACAUGCUGGACUUCGGGCUGGCCCGGCAGUAUACCAACACCACGGGGGACGUUCGGCCUCCUCGGAAUGUGGCCGGGUUUCGAGGGACUGUUCGCUAUGCCUCAGUCAAUGCCCACAAGAACCGGGAGAUGGGCCGCCACGAUGACCUGUGGUCCCUCUUCUACAUGCUGGUGGAGUUUGCAGUGGGCCAGCUGCCCUGGAGGAAGAUCAAGGACAAGGAGCAGGUAGGGAUGAUCAAGGAGAAGUAUGAGCAUCGGAUGCUGCUGAAGCACAUGCCCUCAGAGUUCCACCUCUUCCUGGACCACAUCGCCAGCCUCGACUACUUCACCAAGCCCGAUUACCAGUUGAUCAUGUCGGUGUUUGAGAACAGCAUGAAGGAGCGGGGCAUCGCAGAGAAUGAGGCCUUUGACUGGGAGAAGGCAGGCACUGAUGCCCUCCUGUCCACGAGCACCUCCACCCCGCCCCAGCAGAACACCCGGCAGACGGCAGCCAUGUUCGGGGUGGUCAACGUGACGCCCGUGCCUGGGGACCUGCUCCGGGAGAACACGGAGGAUGUGCUGCAGGGCGAGCACCUGAGUGACCAGGAGAACGCACCCCCGAUUCUGCCCGGGAGGCCCUCUGAGGGGCUGGGCCCCAGCCCCCACCUUGUCCCCCACCCCGGGGGUCCUGAGGCUGAAGUCUGGGAGGAGACGGAUGUCAACCGAAACAAACUCCGGAUCAACAUCGGCAAAACCCCCUGUGUGGAGGAGGAGCAGAGCCGAGGUGUGGGGGUCCCCAGCUCCCCCGUGCGUGCCCCCCCAGAAUCCCCCACUACCCCAGUCCGUUCUCUGCGCUACCGGAGGGUCAACAGCCCGGAGUCAGAGCGGCUGUCCACGGCAGACGGGCGAGUGGAGCUGCACGAGAGGAGGUCACGGAUGGAUCUGCCCGGCUCGCCCUCGCGCCAGGCCUGCUCCUCGCAGCCAGCCCAGAUGCUGUCAGUGGACACAGGCCAUGCCGACCGGCAGGCCAGCGGCCGCAUGGACGUGUCAGCCUCCGUGGAGCAGGAGGCCCUGAGCAAUGCCUUCCGCUCGGUGCCGCUGGCUGAGGAGGAGGACUUCGACAGCAAGGAGUGGGUCAUCAUUGACAAGGAGACCGAGCUCAAGGACUUCCCUCCAGGGGCUGAGCCCAGCACAUCGGGCACCACGGACGAGGAACCAGAGGAGCUGCGGCCACUGCCCGAGGAGGGCGAGGAGCGGCGACGGCCAGGGACAGAGGCCACCGUCCGGCCCCGGGGACGCAGCAUGCAGACGCUGGCUGAGGAGGACAUGCGGCUCAUGCCGCCCCAGCUCCCGCCACCCCAGCUGAGCCAGGCUGAUGGCCGUUCAGAGACGUCACAACCCCCCACGCCUGGCAGCCCUUCCCACUCACCCCUGCACUCGGGACCCCGCCCUCGACGGAGAGAGUCGGAUCCCACAGGCCCACAGAGACAGGUGUUCUCCGUGGCGCCCCCGUUUGAGGUGAAUGGCCUCCCACGAGCUGUGCCUCUGAGCCUGCCCUACCAGGACUUCAAGAGAGACCUCUCCGAUUACCGAGAACGGGCACGGUUGAUCAACAGGGUCCGGAGGGUGGGCUUCUCACACAUGCUGCUCACCACCCCCCACGUCCCGCUGGCUCCUGUUCAACCUCAAGCUAAUGGGAAAGAGGAAGAGGAGGAGGAGGAAGAGGAAGAUGAGGAGGAGGAAGAAGAGGAGGAGGAGGAAGAGGAGGAAGAGGAGGAGGAGGAAGAAGAGGAGGAGGAGGAAGAAGAGGAGGAGGAGGAGGAGGAGGAGGACGAGGACGAGGAGGCGGCCGCAGUGGCCUUGGGGGAGGUGCUGGGGCCGCACAGUGGCUCUAGCAGCGAGGGCAGCGAGAGGAGCACCGACCGGAGCCAGGAGGGCGCCCCGUCCACGCUGCUGGCUGACGACCAGAAGGAGUCCAGGGGCCGGGCCUCCAUGGCCGACGGGGACCUGGAGCCUGAGGAGGGCUCCAAAACGUUGGUGCUCGUCUCCCCUGGUGACAUGAAGAAGUCGCCUGUCACUGCCGAACUGGCCCCCGACCCCGACCUGGGCACCCUGGCUGCCCUCACUCCUCAGCACGAGCGGCCCCAGCCCAUGGGCAGCCAGCUGGACGUAUCUGAGCCAGGCACCCUGUCCUCUGUCCUCAAGUCUGAGCCCAAGCCCCCUGGGCCCGGGGCAGGGCCGGGGGCCGGGGCAGUGCCCACAGGGGCAGGGGGCAUCGCAGUCACCUCCUCACCCUUCACCAAAGUUGAGAGGACCUUCGUGCACAUUGCAGAGAAAACCCACCUCAAUGUCAUGUCUUCCAGCGGACAAGCCUCGCGCUCUGAGGAGUUCAGCGCUGGGGGCGAGCUGGGUCUGGAGGUGCCCUCUGAUGGGGGUGCUGAGGAGGAGAGGGCCCCGGUGCCCCUGGAGAAUGGCAUCACCCUGUCAGGGCUGGAUGGGGCCGAGAUGGAGAACUGUGCCCCGUCUGGCCCCCCCAGGGAAACUCCCUCAGAGGUGGCCACAGACUUACUGCCCAAUGGCCCAGCCCUUGCUGACAGGCCGGCCCCAGCAUCCCCACUGGAGCCAGGCCCUGAGAAAGUGGCCACCCUCUCCCCCAGCCGCCAUGCCAUGCCAGGCCCUCGCCCCAGGAGCCGUAUCCCCGUCCUGCUAUCUGAGGAGGACACGGGCUCAGAGCCCUCGGGCUCACUGUCGGCCAAAGAGCGGUGGAGCAAGAGGGCCCGGCCGCAGCAGGACCUGGCACGGCUGGUGAUGGAGAAGAGGCAGGGCCGCCUGCUGCUGCGGCUGGCCUCGGGGGCGUCCUCCUCCUCCAGUGAGGAGCAGCGUCGUGCCUCAGAGACGCUCUCAGGCACGGGCUCCGAGGAGGACACACCUGCCUCCGAGCCCACGGCGGCCUUGCCCAGGAAGGCUGGGCGGGCAGCUGCCACCCGGAGCCGGAUUCCCCGCCCCAUCAGCAUCCGCAUGCCCACGCCUGCUGCAGCCCAGCAGCCCCCCAGCAGAUCCUACGGUGCGGCCCCAGCAUCUGACACAGCCAUCACCAGCAGGCUCCAGCUGCAGAAGCCCCCAGGGCCGGCCGUUGCUGCUGACCUCCGCCCCAAACAACCUCCCGGCCAGGGCCCCGGACGAGCCCGCGCCGGCCCCAGGGCCCCCACGCCCCGCAGUCCGGGCCUCCCUGCCUCUGCAGCGCGCCAUCCCAGCCCGUCCCCGCGAAGCCAGUCCCUGUCCCGCAAAGAGAGCCCCUCCCCCUCGCACCAGGCCCGGCCGGGCGUCGCCCCACCCCGGGGCGCCUCGCAGGCCCGGACCCAGCCCGACGGCACCCCCUCCCCGGGAGGCCCCAAGAAAGGACCCAGAGGGAAACAGCGCGCAGCAACCAAAGGCCGGGCUGGGGGCGCAGAGAGCCGGGCUGGGGCCAGAUAA